AUGACGAUCGGCGUCUGCUACGGCGUGGUCGCCAACAACCUCCCGCCGGCCAACGAGGUGGUGCAGCUCUACAGGUCCAAGGGCCUCACCGGCAUGCGCAUCUACUUCGCCGACGCCAAGGCCCUCUCCGCGCUCCGCGGCUCCGGCAUCGGCCUCAUCCUCGACGUCGGCGGCACCGACGUGCUGGCCAGCCUCGCCGCCAACGCCUCCAACGCCGCGAACUGGGUCCGGGAUAACGUCAGGCCCUACUAUCCGGCGGUGAACAUCAAGUACAUCGCCGCCGGCAACGAGGUCCUGGGCGGCGACACGCAGAACAUCGUCCCGGCCAUACGGAACCUCAACGCGGCCCUCGCCGGCGCCGGCCUCGGCGCCAUCAAGGUGUCCACCUCGAUCCGGUUCGACGCGGUGACCAACACCUUCCCGCCCUCCAACGGCGUGUUCGCGCAGGCCUACAUGACGGACGUGGCCCGGCUCCUGGCGAGCACCGGCGCGCCGCUGCUGGCCAACGUGUACCCCUACUUCGCCUACAAGGACAACCCGCGGGACAUCCAGCUGAACUACGCGACGUUCCGGCCGGGCACCACGGUGCGCGACCAGAACAACGGGCUGACCUACACGUGCCUGUUCGACGCCAUGGUGGACGCCCUGGUGGCGGCGCUGGAGCGGGCCGGCGCGCCGGGGGUGAGGGUGGUGGUUUCGGAGAGCGGGUGGCCGUCGGCGAGCGGGUUCGCGGCGACGGCGGACAACGCGAGGGCGUACAACCAGGGGCUGAUCGACCACGUCGGCGGGGGCACGCCCAAGAGGCCCGGCGCGCUGGAGACGUACAUCUUCGCCAUGUUCAACGAGAACUUCAAGACCGGGGAGCUCACCGAGAAGCACUUCGGGCUGUUCAACCCGGACAAGUCGCCGGCGUACCCCAUCCAGUUCCGUUAG